AUGGGUAGCAAACAGGAAGAAGGAAUAGAAUUAGCACAUAAGCAGGAUGGACCAACGCAGGCUUGUGAGAAUCUCUCGCGACAUUGGACCCAUUGGGACGAAGAGACGUUGGGCGCCCAAAGAAACGAUGGAGCGACAGCCUCACGCAGCAAUUGCGUAGGGGAUUCGCCUAAAUUCAAGAAUGAAAAAGAAGAAGUACAAGACAAUGUUCCUGUGGACAUAUCCGAAGACAUUGUGGGCUUCACCGGUCUGGCUAAUUCAAUGUUCCUGUGCAUUAUGUUCGAAUUGAACGUUAAAGAAUGGUCGCGCGUCUUCUUCCACAUCACUGACACAUCAAAGUUUGGAAUGCCCCCCAAGAUGUCCCAGGUUAUUGAUAAAUGCAAUCGAUUCUCGUGGAUCUACUUCCUCUAUUGCUGUACCGGGAUUAUCAUCUACGGAAUCAUCAAUAUUGUCGAUCCAGGUUCACAACAAGAAAUUUCGUUAAGUCUUUGUCUUGCAGUGGGUUACAAUAUUCAUCGCGCAUGCCUCAACUCUAAAGUCUUUUGUUCAGUUUCCUAUGUUCCUCCAUCAGCCACGUUGACCUACAUCAUAUGGGAGGCUGGGGAGUUGAUAAUCGCCAAAAUUCACCAUCUCAAGCAGCUCUUUGAGAGCGCUUUGGACAACGAUAAACUUGAGAUUAGAAGGGCCAGGCUACGGUUUUGCAUUCAGUAUCAUCAGGAUAUUAUCAGCACUAUAGAAGAACUGAACGGAGCUGCGAGGAAGGUGUGCGGUCAACUGUCCUUUGUCGCCUCAAUUGUCUUCAGUUGCAUUGGGACUCAAAUGCUUAAAGAAUACUCCAUCCAUCCGAUGCUCCAUUUAAUAGGUUAUGCGAUGGCAGUGUUUUUAGUGUGCCAAAAUGGGCAAAAGAUCCGAGACCAAACUUACGAUAUUCAGGACGCUGUCUACAAAGCCAGAUGGUACGACAAUAUCACGUCAACUACCAAAGACUCGCAGCUUAUUAUGUUGCGAUGCCAAAAGCCACUUUGCAUGGAUGCCAUUCCUUUUGGAAUCUUCAAUUUCAGCCUUCUGCUAGUGAUUAUUAAAACAUCGUAUUCCUACCUUACUCUGAUCAAUAAGACAUCCUAGAUUGAUAGGAGUGCAGCAAAUUCGCUUGAUAGUAAAAGCUGCUCCUAAUACCUGUUCAGAAUAGCUCACAAUGUGACUUGAGGAACAAGCUGACUAGGGAAAGCACAGUUUUCAGUAAAUAUAUGCACCGAACUUGAGCAGCAACCUUUCUACAUCCAUUAUCAACUCAGUUAUUUGCAACUUAAUAGAACCAGCACAGUACUUUGUUAUAUUUUCUCUUAAUAAAUUUAAGUUAUGACUA